AAUAUUAUCUCGCCUGUCCUCUCACCGUUAUAAUAUUCAGCCGGAGAACAGGUGCGUGCUUUGGCUGUGACGCCGUGUAGCGCUGACCGCAUCCGCGUAGAGACGAAUUGGGGACAUUAAUGGAGACUGGCUGUGUUCGCCGGUUUAAUGCGGCUCAACUAGGCACACAUCAUAUCCAGGAGUCCAAACAGGUACCACGAGAGGAGGCUUUACUGGACGGACAGCACCACACUGCAUUGUGGACUUCACCGUACUGAGAUGGACUGUAACUUAGGUGGCGUUUCGAGACGCUGUGCGCUUACAGGAGGAAUUCACCCGGUUUAAUUUAGUCUCUACUAAUUGUUCUGUGUAUCGGGUCAUGUUGUCUGCGUUCAACAUGUUGCCUGAGCGCGAGGCUGGAGCAGGUCACUGGUUCACUCCAUCCAUUAUUUAGGAUGACACCUCUCGGUCACACCUGCUCGGUCUCCUCCUUGCUUCCUCACCCCAUCUCCAGAGUUCAAACGCCCUGUCAGCAGACUGAGCGCUCCUGAGCACUCGCUGUGACCCGCUCUUGUUUGGCUUUCCUGGCUGACGUCCCAGGGAGGUGAUGCGACGGUUUGUCUACUGUAAGGUGGUGCUGACCACCUCUUUAGUGUGGGUGCUGGUGGAUGUGUUCUUGCUGCUCUACUUCAGCGAGUGUAACAAAUGUGAUGAUAGGAAGGACCGCUCGCUGCUCCCUGCCCUGCGAGCGGUAAUAUCUCGGAGCCAUGAGGGUCCAGGGGAGAUGGGCAAGGCAGUAAACAUCCCCAAGGACGACCAGGAGAAAAUGAAGGAGCUCUUUAAGAUUAACCAGUUCAAUCUAAUGGCCAGCGACAUGAUCGCACUCAACAGGAGUCUGCCGGACGUGAGGUUGGAUGGCUGUAAGACCAAGCUGUAUCCAGAUGACCUGCCAAACACCAGCAUCGUCAUCGUGUUUCACAACGAGGCGUGGAGCACACUGCUGCGGACAGUUCACAGUGUCAUCAACCGCUCUCCCAGACACUUGCUAGUGGAGAUUGUGCUAGUCGACGAUGCCAGCGAGCGAGACUUUCUAAAGAAGAAGCUGGAGAACUAUGUGCGGACUCUGGAGGUGCCAGUGAGGAUCCUGAGGAUGGAGCAGCGUUCAGGUCUAAUCAGAGCCAGGUUGAGGGGAGCAGCCGCCACCAAAGGUCAAGUCAUCACUUUCUUGGACGCUCACUGCGAGUGUACUGUUGGCUGGCUGGAGCCCCUGCUGGCGCGCAUCAAAGAGGACAGGACAGCAGUGGUGUGCCCCAUCAUCGAUGUCAUCAGCGACGAGACGUUCGAGUACAUGGCAGGCUCAGAUAUGACCUACGGUGGAUUCAACUGGAAGCUGAAUUUCCGCUGGUACCCUGUUCCCCAGCGGGAGAUGGACCGACGCAAGGGGGACAGAACACUUCCUGUCAGGACUCCCACCAUGGCAGGAGGAUUAUUCUCCAUAGACAAAGCAUACUUUGAAGAAAUAGGAAGCUACGAUCCAGGGAUGGAUAUCUGGGGCGGAGAGAACCUGGAAAUGUCUUUUCGGAUCUGGCAGUGUGGUGGCUCAUUGGAGAUCGUAACAUGUUCGCACGUGGGCCAUGUUUUCCGGAAGGCCACCCCAUACAGUUUCCCCGGUGGAACGGGCCAAGUCAUCAACAAGAACAACAGGCGCCUGGCAGAAGUCUGGAUGGAUGAUUUCAAGGACUUCUUCUAUAUCAUAUCACCAGGUGUGAUGCGGGUGGACUACGGAGAUGUCUCUUCUCGUAAAAACCUCCGCGAGGCCUUAAAGUGCAAACCGUUCUCCUGGUAUCUAGAGAACAUCUACCCAGACUCCCAGAUACCGAGAAGAUACUACUCACUUGGUGAAAUCAGAAAUGUUGAGACCAACCAGUGUGUGGACAACAUGGGAAGAAAGGAGAACGAGAAAGUCGGCUUUUUCAACUGUCACGGCAUGGGCGGAAACCAGGUGUUCUCUUACACGGCGGAUAAAGAAAUUAGGACAGAUGACCUCUGUCUGGAUGUCUCCCGCCUCAACGGACCCGUCGUCAUGCUCAAGUGUCACCACAUGAAGGGCAAUCAGAUGUUCGAGUACGAUGCUGAGCGACUCACCCUGCUGCAUGUGAACAGCAACCAGUGUUUGGACAUGCCAUCUGAGGAGGACAAGAUGGUCCCAACCCUGAGAGACUGCAAUGGCAGCCGUGCACAGCAGUGGCUGCUCCGUAACAUGACCCUGAGCGUCUGAUCCCUCGCCUCACCUCCCCACCCCACUGCUCGGUCCUCAUCCUAACCAGUCCUGGCUCUCCCCACCCUCGCCAGGUGGCUCUUACCACAGCAAAUCAUAACGCCUCUUCCUGUAACAGCCUGGCCAGCAAACACAGAGAUCCAGGCAGCAGCGGCUUAUCUUCCAUUAUGGAGGCGUCUCCUUUUACAGCUCGCAACAGGUUUGAGAGGAGCUGCACCUGCCGCUCAGGCGACACCAUGAGCUGUGGCUUUGGGGACCUUGUUGUGUCUGAGCAGGGAGAACGAUGUGUGAGGUCUGAGCAUGGAGAACAUUAAAAUCAAAGCACUCACACUGUGUCAGCCAGCUGCUAGCCAUGCAUCCACUGUGCUGCUCAGACUGCCGCUUAACUGCAGGACAAACAAUUAAACAGAAGAGCAUCUAUAACAAGAAUACUGCAAGGCACGUGUCUGCGACGGUCCGCACUGUAAAUGACUUUCCCUGUGCUGUGUACACGCAGUGAACUCGUGUCCACUGUAGGUACUAUCUAACAAAACAAGACUGUUGUUGUCAUGACUGCUGCUCAUCCUGUUUCCAUAUCAGUGUCUGAGUUACAUUAAAAUAACAGGAAGUGAUGUCAUUAAUAGAGCCCAACCAAUGCUGGGUCUGUGAAGCUGAAGAAGUUGAUGAGGGUUAAACAUCUGAAACUGUGUGAGCACUGGUAUUUGAUUUUCAAGUCAAGCUGAAAUUUGAAUUCUCAUCACUUUUGGUGCCAGAACAUCUAAACUAAAAUCUAAUGAUAUUUCAGCUAUUGUGUAUAUUUUUUAAAAAGAGGAUCACACACUGUGUAGACAUAUUUGUAGAAACAGUGUCUCCAAUGCCAGCUGGUAACUGACAGGGCCAGUGUCACGCUGUCAGUGUCUGUGGUCCGCUGCUGACUGAGGAGCCAUAUAAUGCUUUUUUUUUCUUUUUUAAACAAGCCCACGUAGUGUCGGCUAUCAACCUGAUUUAAGCCAUGUGUCCCCUUCCAAUUUUUAACAUGUGGGAGUACCUUUUUUAAUUAGAUACCAAAUUAUUACACAAGACAAAACAAACAAAGGGUAGAUGUAAAAAAAAAAAUUAUUUCAGUCUGACUUUAAAAUAACCUGCUUACAUUAUUUUUUUUAUCGGGAUUCUUAAAGGUACAGUGUGUCAGAUAUGGCCAGAAUUUUAGUUUGAAACAUUUAAAAAAUGUACUGUGUUGCAGAGAUAUCUACUGAAAUGAGCAUGCUAACCAGCCGGCCCCAGCCUGUCUCAUCCAAGGCUAUUCAAAGAGGGCGUUGACACACUCCUUACCGCAUGAGAUCGUUGUUGGAGGGUCACAGCAGAUGGUGCUAGAAACAAAACAAUGGUGUCCUCUCAGGUGCAUAUAGUAAUGUUUGCAUAUAGAAAGCUUUGUUUAUGGUCUUUAAUAAUGGAUGUUUUCAGUAAUUACACAAUUGUAAUUCUCACCCAUAUCAUUAUUUUUCGUACAACAAUAUUCCGAACCAAAACCAACUGCGGAUGACUCAGUGAAAUAAUCCAAUCAACCCCAUGUACUGUGACAGUGCACCAGCUAUUGAGCCUUUUGGCAAGUGCAGACCAAAUUUUACUGUUUAAAAACAUCACUAAAAAAAAGGCCAUACUGAGUCAGUAGCGUCCAGUCUGCCCUCAGUCCAGCAUGACACAAUCCAAACAUUGUUUGCAGAAAAUACAAGUUCAUAGUUGCUACCUGUGUCAACACAGCCAGAGGCCAGCUGGCUCAGCAGCCCUGUUUGGUCAAGGUUUGCUCUCAUGAUCCAGGCGCGACUGAGAAAAUGUCCCAGUUCUGACAAUCCCAGGUCCGAAAUCCACGACAGUGGUGUGGUUAGGUCAGCCGCUUCAGGCCGGUAUACAGCCAAGCUAAGAUAGCUAGGCUAAGAUAGCUUGCUGAGCUCUGGGUUGUGACCGAAAAAUGAGAUCGUGGAUAGAAGUGGCUGAAAUGAGUUCCCUCCGUGAGGUGACUGGACUCAGCCUUAGAGAUAGGGUAAGGAGCUCGGACAUCCAGAGGAAGCUUGGAGUAGAGCCGCUGCUCCUUCAUGUUGAAAGGGGUCAGUUGAGGUGGUUCGGACAUCUGAUCAGGAUGCCUCCUGGGCGCCUCCUGCUGGAGGUGUUUCAGGCACGUCCCACUUGUAGGAGGCCCCGGAGCAGACCCAGAACACGCUGGAGGGAUUACAUAUCUCAUCUGGCCUGGGAACGCCUCGGGGUCCCCCAGGAGGAGCUGGAAAGCAUUGCUCGGGAGAGGGGCGUCUGGGGUGCUUUGCUUGGCCUGCUGCCCCCACGACCAAGCCCAGGAUAAGUGAAUGAAAAUGGAUGGAUGGAAGAUAGCUUGCAGACUCACGGUUGAUCAUUCGUUCAAGUGCGUGAUCUUAAAUCAUUGUCUCAGUCCAGGCGUUGUUCAAAGCCAUAAUAUGGACAGAGUCAGAGUAACCGAGGUUCGGAACCCAAAGUCCUUUGUUGUAAUGAAAAAACAUUCCCAAUGGCAAAAUAUGAUUUAAAUAUGACUGUGUUUUUGGAGUUUCAGCAGUCAGUAUGAAUUUAGCAUUUUCUUGCCCUGCUUUUAGUUUCCAGUUGGCUUGGAGGGGAAAUGCUGCCCCCCUAGUUCGGAGCAUGUGGCCAGGCAUUACACAUGGCACCUUUAAAUUUGGUUAUUAAAAACAAAUAUAGCAUUUAUAAGAUUUACCAAUUAGUGCUCCAAAGAAUGUAGUAGACACACUCUUUGUGAAAUACCUCACACAUAUCUUUGGCAUUUCUGUACCGCAGUUUCUUGUUAUCAGCUGACAUAAAGGCAGAUAAUAACAUGUCUGUGAUGAGCUAGUAUUGGCCGAUUUAUUGGUCAGGCUCUACUUAUUGAGGUGGAUUUCUUCAGAUGUUUGGAAAAACACAUUAAACUGAAGAUUUCAAACCAACAUCGUAAAAAAAAUGAAUGAGUCCAGGACAAGAGUGCAGCUAUAACAUCGUCCCUGAUCAUUCACAUAAUGUUCCAUAUCAGUGAAACAGGAAUUACAGUUUGAAAAAAUAUGAGGCAGCUCUGUGGACGUUCAUUUACAACAGGUAUUUUGGAGAAAUGAAAGAAGUUGUUGCAGGAAAGUAAUCGAAUGUAAAGGUUUAUCUAAAUGAUGAAGACUGUAUUCUGAGGUACUUUAACUGCACUGUGUUAUGACAGAUAUCUGAGAGCGUCAGUGCUAAACUUUUUGAAAGAUUUCAGAUUCCUGCUACCAGUAUGUUGAGAAAUCACAGUGACUUGGAGCUGGAUAGUUACGUGUGCCUUUAGAGAGUUGUUUUGUAUUUGGUUCACUGGUUUUAGAACAUUUUUAUUUAUUUUGGAGUUAAAAGAGAGGAAUGUCAUAUUGUUUUCCAUUUUAAAAAAGUGUAUAUUGAUAUUAAAUAAUUGUCAUACCAUGA